GGACAAAAUUGUUAUUAUUUCCGGUCUGCCAUAUUUAACUCGAAACCAGGGUAUCGGGAGGUGUCAUUAAUUAUUUGAUAUUUACACCCCUUUCCGCGGAGAAAUCACCACGGGGCUCGUUUUGCAGCAGACCAAGUCAUUGCCGAGUUGAACAACAUAUCAUAAGAGUUCAAGAUGUCAUCCGGGCCUUACAAUUAUUCUUAUAUUUUCAAAUACAUCAUCAUAGGAGACAUGGGCGUAGGCAAGUCCUGCUUGCUGCACCAGUUCACCGAAAAGAAAUUCAUGGCAGACUGUCCACACACCAUUGGUGUUGAGUUUGGCACGCGAAUCAUCGAGGUGUCAGGCCAGAAAAUCAAGUUGCAGAUCUGGGAUACUGCAGGACAAGAGAGGUUUAGGGCUGUCACCAGAUCGUAUUACAGGGGCGCCGCUGGUGCUCUCAUGGUCUAUGACAUCACUAGGCGGUCGACUUACAACCACCUCAGUAGUUGGCUCACGGAUACUCGCAAUCUCACAAAUCCCAGUACUGUGAUAUUCCUGAUUGGGAACAAGUGCGAUCUUGAUGCUCAGAGAGAUGUCACAUACGACGAGGCAAAGCAGUUUGCUGACGAAAAUGGCCUCAUGUUUGUUGAGGCUAGUGCAAAGACUGGUGAAAAUGUUGAGGAGGCCUUUUUAGAAACCGCAAAGAAAAUUUUCCAGAGCAUCCAAGAUGGAAGACUUGACUUGAACGCAGCUGAAUCUGGAGUGCAACACAAACCCUCCCAGCCAGGCGGUCGCAACACCCUGGUUAACGAUCAGCAGGCCCCUAAAGAAAACUGCUCAUGCUAGGUAAACACGACAGACUUGCUCGCAACAAUGACCAAUACAAAUUGUAAGAAGUGGAAGGGGGAGGCAACGCUACUGCUGGCCAGUUCACCUUCCUUGGAUCUCAACCAAAUCAGACACAUCUAGCGCACCAUUGAAAACGGCUGAAGAGGUCCACAGAAGCCAGGUUACUUUGUUAGCCGCCAAAUUUGAACGCAACGCAAGACCAAAACUGAAGAAUCUGUAUGCAAGAGUCACUUCUGCAUAAGCCUACUCCUAUUGGCUGUACUUGAUAACUAAGCGCGCAGGCUGUCCUAGCCUGCGGGCGACAGACUCAGUGAAUUAGUGGAGUAUUAAUAUUAACUGAAUGCAUCAUUUUGUGGGAGAAGAGAGUUGUUUAAAAACCAAUGCCUUUUGAGUGGUAAAAAUAUGUACACAUAUGUAAAACUCCUUUCCAUUAGAGACUCAAUUAUGUAUAAUCCAGAUCUUUUUGGGCUGGUGUCCAUUAGGCGAGUUGAUUGGUAGAAGCUUCACUUCUCUAGCAUUUUAAAAUUGUCUGGAGGUAAUAAUGUAUUGUCGGUGUGAAGCCGCUCUAUUAGUUUACAGUUUUGUAAUGCCCCAACUUGAGCCAACUGAGAAAAAAAAUCUCGAGAAGCCUUUGCAAUCCUACUGUGCUUUUUCACAUCAAACUGCAGCUUGGCAUAUUACUCCUCUCCUGUCUUUUUGUUGUGUUUUAAGGUGCAUUCCAUUGUAGACAAUACUGAACUAUUCAUAAUGCAUGUUUCAUCAUUUCACUUAGAGCACUAAACUAACUUCUGUGGUGCUUCUUAAACUUUGUCUAAUUCAUCACACACAUUCCACGUAGCUAAGGAGAAAUUGUCCUUACCCAUUUGUAUCGGCAAUUUGAGGCAUGUUUGUCGAGUGAGUUUUGGUUAUCGUCACACUGUAAUUUAUGAUUUGUAUAAAAGAGAUCAAAUAAAGGUAAUAUCGUGGUCACCGUGUUAA